AUGGCAGAAAAUGGAAAAUAUGUCGAAGGUUCUUUGUACUUCUACGCGCCAAACAAAGGGGCUCCUGUUGUCUGGGCCACUCUCUUUGGUGUCUCUAUGAUAUGGCAUACAUAUCAGUGUGUUCGUUACAAGUGCUGGAAAGUCACUGGGAUUUUCCCUUGGGCGGCACUUCUAUUCGUUAUUGGCUAUAUACUCCGAGAAAUAGGCGCUUUCAUGUAUGGAAACAUCAAUAUCUUCAUCGCAAGUCUAGUGUUCAUCUACGCUGCUCCUCCGAUCUAUGAACUGGCAAACUACUUCAUCCUCUCUCGAAUUCUUUAUUACGUCCCAUACCAUUCUCCAAUCCACCCAGGGCGGGUCCUGACGACCUUCGGAUUCAUAUCUACAAUAAUCGAAGCCCUAAACGGCAACGGUGCUGCAUACGUCGCUAACACGUCACUCUCACAGAAGAAGCAAGAGAUCGGACAUUCUCUGCUUAAAUCCGCACUCAUUCUACAACUUGUUGUGCUAAGUCUAUUUGUGGUACUGGCAAUUACGUUCCACCGACGAUGCUUGAAAGCUGGCUUGGUGCCGAAUAACCUAGUCCAACCACUUCGCACACUUUAUAUCAGCAGCACCUUAAUCGGCAUUCGAACGACCUUCAGAACCGUCGAGUACUUCACCGCCUCCUCGCUGAAUUUCCAAGGUGAAAUCGACCCAAAUUCUCUCUCUCCAUUGCUGAGGUAUGAAUGGUUCUUUUGGGUCUUUGAGGGGUCUUUGAUGAUGAUUAAUACUUUCCUCCUCAAUUUCAAUCACCCAAUGCGGUACCUACCUCGUAACAAUAAGGUGUAUCUGGCUCUCGAUGGUGUUACCGAAGUCGAAGGUCCAGGCUACGAUGAUAAAAGGCAUUGGCUCGUGACUGUGGUUGAUCCUUUCGAUUUAGCAAGCGCUCUCAGAGGCAAAAAGCUAGAGGAAAGGUUCUGGGAGACUCACCAGGAAGGAAGAGCUACGACUGUUAAACCUCAUGGGGCCGCUGAAGCUGGCGAUGUGGAAGCUGUUGAUGUAGAGCAGGGGAAAAGCGGGUGA